UUAUUUUGCCAUCCACGGACACACAUUAUGUUCGCACGCGGCAUGCAUCUUCAUUCUUCCUCAACAAUCUAUAUUCUUAACUAAGGUGACAGCCGACAGGUGCAUGAAAUAUGAUAUUCUUAUUUCUAUUUUCUUAAGAUAUAUUAUAUCUUAAUUCGUGCUCAGCUAUCAAAAUAAUACAAUUUAAUGUAUAAUAUUUCAUGUAACUACUAAAUAGUGCAAGUUUUCUAUGGUUUACAUGUGUUCGCAUGGUUUUAUGAAAUUUAUAACAGGAGUCAGGAAGUUAUAAGAAUAAUAAUCUAGCCAAGAAAAAAAAUAUUGUUUCUUUACAAAGGAUUAACUAGGAUAAUUCGUAUUAUAAAUAUUGAACAAUGAAUGACUUUACGACAAUUAUUGAAGGAACAAAGGCUUCUAACAGUUUGCCAUCGGGCGUCAAUUGGAACUUCUAUAGCAGUUAUCCUAAGUUUAUGAAAACAAUGUCUACAAGACAAACACAUAUUCUGAAAUUAUUGUCUGCUUUAUUGAAAAAUCAAAGAAUUCAAGGGAACAUCAGAGAAUGUGACAAUGAUAGUAAAUUUCAAUUAAUUGAAGAUGGCAAUGAUACAAUAUUAGAUAGAGUGAAUCAUAAUGUUGAUUGUUUGAAUGGGUCAUUCAAACAUGAUGAUGUAUUUAUUAUGCCUAAACGUUUAUUAUCUAAUAAUGAUUCUGGUGAUAAACUUCAAGUCAACAUCAAAAAUAAAGUAUUAGUACAUGGACGUAUUGUUGAAAGACCUCAAAUCAAAUUUAAAGUCAAAGUGGACAAUCGACCUGUACCUUUCAAACCACUUUUACAGAGUAAACCUAAUAGUAAAACACCAUUGAAUUUAUGUUUGGAAACAAAUGUAGAAGGAAUUAUGUAUUACAAACAUCCAUAUGAAACCGAGUUGCUAGAGUUUAAAGUACCCGAAGAACAUUUAAAAGUUACUAUUGCUAUAAAACCAGAAUCACUAGAUAAAACAAAAUUUGUCGAAGUAUUUACUGAAGAUCAACUGAGCUUGAUGAUUUCAGAGUUGAAAAGUGUUCGAGAACUGGCUAUAGAUUUAGAGGCACAUAAUUAUCGCUCUUAUCAAGGAUUCACAUGUUUAAUGCAAAUAUCAACAAGAAAUGCAGAUUAUAUUAUUGAUACAUUAGAACUGAGAGAUAAGAUGCAUGAUCUAAAUGAAGUACUGACAAACCCUGCUGUAGUUAAAGUAUUCCAUGGGGCAGACAGUGAUAUUUUGUGGCUACAAAGGGAUCUUGGCCUUUACAUAAUAAACAUGUUUGAUACCUAUCAGGCGUGUAAAAUAUUAAAUUUCUCUAGAAAAGGACUAGAAUUCCUUUUGAAACAUUAUUGUGGUGUGAAUGCUGAUAAGUCAUUUCAAUUAUAUGACUGGAGAACGAGGCCACUUUCUGAAGAGGCUAAACAUUAUGCUCGUUGUGAUACACAUUAUUUGCUUUAUAUUUAUGAUAUGAUAAAAAAAGAUUUAAAAGCUAUGUCUAGCAAACAUAAUGAUUAUGUUGAACUAACAUUUCAACGAAGUACUGAUGUGUGCAAAACGAGGUAUGAAAUAAAUAUUCUUCAAGAUGAUAGUCACAUGAGUAUGUACAAAAGAAGCAAAAAGCUAUUUGAUUUACAACAAAUGUAUGCUUUAAAGGAAUUGUAUGCGUGGCGAGAUAAAAUUGCUAGAGAAUUAGAUGAGAGCCCAGGGUAUGUUUUACCAAAUCACAUGCUGAUUAAGAUAUCAGAAACAUUGCCAAAAGAAUUUGCUGGAAUAUUAGCUUGUUGUUCGCCAAUACCACCGUUAGUUAGACAGUGCUUGCAUGAAAUUAAUCAUAUCGUAAAAAAAGCUAGAGAACAAUCAUUUGAAAAUAUAGAAAAAUAUGUAGAAAACCAUAAUCUUCCACUAAAUACUGUCCAACAUAAAGACAUUGACAUGUUAAGCUUACAUGAUUAUUCUAAAGUAUGCGGAAGUGUUACUGACACUUUGCCUACAUUAUUGGAUGACAAAAAUUAUGAUUCAGUAGAAGAGCUAUCAGAAGUUUUGAUUACACCUUAUGGUAUCAGUGUUUUUCAGAAUAUUAAGAAAAAACAAAAAAAUUGUGAAGCAUUCACCAAUUUUAUUUUCAAACGUCCGUAUGAUAUGUAUGUAAAAACUUUGGAGUAUAAAAUGGCUAAUAAAAACACUAAAAUCGAAAAUGAUACUGUAGAUACUAAUAAAACCAAUGCAAAAAACUUAAGUGUACCGAUGGAUUGUCCAGACAAAAUUCUUUUCCGAUUACCAAAAAAAAAAGAAAUUAAACAAGAAUCUACAUGCGACAUAAAGAUUGUAAAAGAAGAAAUACCAGAGCCAGAAAAUUUAACAAAUAAUGAGAGCAGUGUAUCUUCAGAUAAACCUGACAUAGAAGGCGUUUUGAGUAAAAAACCUAAAUUUGUAGCUCAUGACUACAGUAAUACAAACUUUUCAAAAUUUCAUAAUCAAUCAAAAGAUGUUUUGUAUAUUACUAAACGACUUCAACGGAAAAAAAAUAAAUCUACUAAGAAGAGCAAGCCAAAGCGAUUACAGAAAACUGUUUAGAUUUAAAUUGCUGAUUACGAAAAGGAAAUAUCACUAAUUUGUAAUUAAGAGUUCAACAAUUGACUACAUAUAAAAAUUGACUUUUUGUGUAACCUGAUUUUUUUCAGAAAAUAAAAAUAUUCUAUAAUUACACUA